CAUUCAAUGCAAUGCUUGUGGAAACCCUUUUUAAGAGGAUCAAAGAAAAUGAGCCAAACUAUCCAAAAAAUCUGGAUGAAGACGCCACUAGUAUCAUACAAAAUCUCUUGAGGAAAAAUCCACAGGAACGACUAGGAAGUAAAUGUGAUGCAGAGGAACUGAAGGAAAGUUCAUUCUUUAAGGAACUGGACUUUGAUGCCCUUUCUAAAAAACAGAUAAAGGCCCCGAUCAUUCCCCAAGAGAAAACACCAGGAUGUUGCUGGUAUUGUUGUUUGUGUUAUUUAUGUGAAAGACAGAUUGUGAUGUCACAACGAAAAUACAGAAGAGAAGCCACCUUUGUAAAAGAGUUAUUGAAAAACUUCGAUUGUUCUGAACGUUUACAAGACCUUGACUGAAGAAGACCGAGAAGACCAAACGAGCAGGGCCAAACGAUUGCAUUACAACAAUGGCAAAGGGCACUGAUGGGACAAAGAUCACAUCCACUAGCCAGUUUUACUAAGGUAAAAUCAAACCUGCUGAUCAAUAUAUGGCUUAUUUUUGGCCAGAUAUUGAUCGGGGAGGCCCGUCUCAACACCCCAUAUGGACAGAUAAGCUGCCGAAUCAGUCUAAAGGCCACCUUAACCCUUACCCCACCAACCUUCACUGCAAUCAUGACAAAGAAAAUAUAUAUCGUAAAGGUAAAGAGUGGAACCUUGAUGUGUUCAAGAUCAGCCUAGAAGAAGACCUUAGAAGGGGACUAGACCUAGAAGACAGACUUGGACAUAGGAAGAGAAAGAUCAAACUAAUUUGACUUACGAUAAUCCCCAACAGUGUAUUUGUUUAAGAAACCCUCCCUAACCCCCCUCAGCCUACUGUUACCUCUAAUGAUUGGCACUAUCACUGCCCAGUUGCCUCUCAAACAGUCGGCUGUGGGGAGGUUGGUGCAAUAAAUCAAUAGGUUCUCCAGCCUAUUGAUUCAUUGCAAUGGCCCCCAAACCCAGUCCAAAACUGGCCAUAGAGCCAAAGCAACUGGGCAACAUUCAAAC